AUGGAUCCGACUUUCGCUACCUCUGGAACCGAGCGGAAUCGUUUACCAGCAUUCAAAGAUCUCCCGCUCAAACCGGAAUAUCCCCCACAUGCUGCCUGGGGUGUCUGGGGAGAGAAGGACGAGCUCGGGACUGUGAAUAAUAUCACACCAGAGACGAUUGCCGCAGCGUCCAAAGAAAUCAAGCUUGGUAUGAGCAUUCCACUCAACUGGGCCAUGGAUCAGCCAACAUACCCAUUCUAUGACCGUAAGGGAUUUCACCAAGAGCAUAUUGCGAAGACACCCAGGAUAGUCAAUGACGAUAUCAUCCACUUUAACACCCAGUGUUCAUCCCAGUGGGACUCUCUGCGCCACUUUGGCUAUCAGGCCGAAAAGGUGUUCUAUAAUGGGUUAAAGCAAGAGACUCUACUAUCUGAUCCAUUCAUAACUACAAACGGAAUUCACAAUUGGGCCAAAACGGGGAUUGUGGGCCGUGGUGUGCUCCUAGACUUUUAUGCAUAUGCCCAACGGCAUAACCUCAAUUAUGACCCGUUCUCGCAACACGGUGCCAGCUUGGACCAGAUCAAAGCUGUACAAGCAGAGCAAGGUGUUGAAAUCAGGGGUGGAGAUAUCCUAUUGAUUAGGUUUGGAUUCAUCGCACAAUACACCACCUUGUCGGAUGAACGGAAACGGGAGGUAGCCAAAGUACCGCAUACAUGGGCUGGAAUGGAACAGUCCAAAGAGUUUUUGGAGUGGUUUUGGGAUAACCGUUUUGCGGCUCUGGCAGGGGAUACGCCUGCUUUUGAGAUGUAUCCCCCGCGCGGGGAUUUCAUGCUCCAUCCAUUCAUACUGUCAGGAUUUGGUUGUCCGCUCGGCGAGAUGUUUGAUCUUGAACGGUUGGCGAAAGAGUGCGCCGCUGCGCAGCGCUGGAGCUUCUUCUUUACUUCCGCACCGCUCAAUAUUCCGGGCGGCGUAGCAAGUCCUCCAAAUGCCAUCGCUAUUUUCAAACGCCAGCACAUGUCGGCGGGGAGUCACCCGGCGUAUGAGAUGGAUGUGUUCCGCAACUCCAACGUAUUUAUGAUGAGAGCAUAUGAUCAUAGUCAUGUCACCUGUCGCCCAUUUCAGAACAUUUCUGAGCUGUCAACUAUUAUCCUGGCAGGAAUGAUGGGACAAUACGCCUUUGCAGUAUUUUGGGGAGCAAUAAUAGACUCUAUCGGACCUCAUGCAUGCUCGUUGGCAGCAAGCGCCCUCUUCCUGUUUUCUUGGUCAACAUUUGCAUACCUUGUCGCUAAUUCACUCGGAUCUCCAACCAUCCUCGCUGCCUUGUUCUUUACGGCUGGAGUUGGCCGUGUCGCAUCCUAUUUUUCGUCAAUCUUCGCAUCCCGUUCCAAGAAGAAGAGCGGACUGGCCACCAGUGUCCCUCUUGCGCUUAGCGGUCUUUCUCCAUUGGUGUUAAGCUAUGUUGCUGGACCUUGGAUUUUGGGGAUAUGUAGCGAUAGGCAUAGUUAUUACGGGCACGGCGGAAACGGUAAUAGCAAACAUGGGCACGAUUGUUAUGGAAUUCCAGGUCAUGCUGAGAGCGUAGCUGCUGCGCAGGUGCGAUUUAUCUCGAUUGCAGGAACAUUGGCAAAGCUGUGCACUGGGCCAUUGGCAGACUGGAUUUGCCCUCCGGUAGACGAAGGCCCCACCCUGGUAUGCUGGUGCGGGCCAGUCAGACCAGAUCCGAAGAAGGGAAUGAACAGGAUGCUGAUUCCGGCCAUGUGCUUGACAAUACUAGCCAGUGUAUAUGCGUAUACUGCGGUAUGCAUAACCAGCGCGGACCAACUAUGGAUACUUUCCGUCGGAACUGGACUGGCGUACGGGGCUUCAUGGGCCGUACUGCCAAGUAUAACAAGCGUGAUUUGGGGUGCGCGAAACCUUGGUCGAAACUUUGGCAUUCUGUCGUAUGCUCCAUUGGUUGGGACACCCAUCUUCACGUACGUCUAUGCAUGGACGAGUGAGGAAGGCCGAGACUGGCGUAUGAUGUUUUUGAUAAGCGUCGCAUCGGUGGCAGCCGCGCUAGUGUGGUGUGGUAUGCUAUGGAGACGGUGGAGUGGAUUAUUGUAA